AUGUCUGGCGUACAGAAUACAACAGGAUCUCCUAACGGUCUGACCAAUUCGAGUACUUUGGUUUCAUUUACGGAGGGCGUCGAUGACAUCGUCCCGUCGAGUCCCUACUCUCCCGACGUUAUUAUAAUAUUAUCAGUCAUCGUAGGAGUAAUUAUCUUCAUAACGGUCUUUGGUAAUCUUCUCGUCGUCGCGGCGUUUUUUACGACUCCGAAACUCCGCACUUACAACAACUAUUUCAUCCUGGGUCUCGCCAUCGCCGACCUGCUUGUUGGUGCGGUCGACAUGCCCCUGUUAGCCAUCGUCAUCAUCAUGGGACAAUGGCCGUUCGGCGAGGUCUUCUGCGACAUCUUCACCUUUCUCGAUCACGCUUUCACUCAUACCAGUGUGCUCCUUGUCGCCCUAAUCAGCCUCGAUCGUUGCGUCGCUGUCUCCGCUCCCUUUUGGCAUCGUCAACACUGGCGACGACGCCCCCGGGCGAUCCUCAUCAUCGCCAUCGGCUACAUUAUCCCCGUCAUCAUCUGGCUGCCAGUGACGACUCUUUGGCAGAUCAUCCACGGGAACGAACAGCGACCCUUUCCCAAAGACGUCUGCGAACCUUUGUACUUUCAAAGCGUCGUCGCUGGGUUCGUUCUCCCCGUCGCGUACUUCUUCAUCCCGUUCGUUUUAACCGCCGUUCUCUGCGCCAGAAUCUACAUCGUCAUCAGAAAAUUCUACGAGGGGCGGAAAAAACUGAGACUUGCAUUGGGAAUCAUGCAGCCGACUACCUCUGUAGAGCUACCGAAUGACCUCGGAACUCGUGCACCAACGACAUCGGUUUCCGUCUCUACGAAGACGGGUGAUGUUGGUAAGGAAGAGAACGCCAAAGACAACAAAAAGAAAGAAAUAGGUACAGAGAGCAUGAAAGGCGUGCGUAUCUUGACUUUCAUUGUCACUGCGAUGUGGAUUGCCUGGUUUCCAUCAGUCAUCGUUGCCGUGACGUCACCUUUUUGCCAAACAUGUGUGCCAAGUAUCAUCUAUUCGGAAAACAUUUUGUUAUUUGAUAUUGAUAGCCUGAUCAACCCGAUUUGUUACGCUCUUGCAGACGAGGCUUUCAAGGAUGGGUUCACACGGAUCCUGACCUUCAGAUGUCUCCAGGGUAACAGGAACCUGCCUACUCUUAGAGCCGGCGACUUCUAG